UAACUUUUUAGUCUGCGGUUUUAUUAUAGAGGUCGUUAGGUAUGAAUUAAACACGUAUCAUUGUCUAUAAAUUGUAUAAAUAAAUUAGUUUGAUUAUUAUGUUUUUUAUAUAGACCUUGGUAUUUCUCUACGCUCGUUUGGAAAUUUACAAAAUCAUUCCAUUGUAUAGGUAACUUGGGUGGUUUCAGGGAAUAAAAAAGUCACAAAGUUGUUAUCGAUAGCGGUGAAUUUUCUGCGGUGAAUUCGAGAGAUCGUGUUAUUCGAUUGUGACAAAGUUCACGUAUUACGUGUACGAAGCUGAGAGCAUAACAAAUUUGUCGUGAUGUGGGUAAUGAUUGCAUUCAGAUAACGCACAGUAACGAGCAUCAUGUGAUGAGAAAUUUGAGGGAAGAUAAACCUGGGAAGAAUAUUGGUCUUUAGGUGUAUGGAAGAUCAUAAAUAUUACACCAAUGGCCUAUCAAUCGUUUCGGGAAGAAUACAUGCAAAUGCCAGUAGUGACACGAGCUUAUACAACAGCUUGUGUCAUCACGACCCUCGCAGUGCAACUAGACUUAGUAUCCCCGUUUCGACUAUAUUUUAAUCCAACAUUGAUUCUAGAACAAUAUCAGGUAUGGAGAUUAAUAACAACAUUUCUGUUCUUUGGGAACAUGGGUUUCAAUUUCUUCUUCAACAUGCUGUUUACGUACCGGUACUGUCGUAUGCUGGAAGAGGGUUCUUUUCGCAGAAGAACAGCAGACUUUGUAAUGAUGUUCCUCUUCGGAGGCAUAUGUAUGAUUGUGUUUGCGUGUUUUGUUAAUUUAUUAUUUCUGGGUCAUGCAUUAACUAUUAUGUUGGUGUAUGUAUGGUCGAGGCGAAAUCCAUUUGUCAGACUCAACUUCUUUGGACUAUUAAAUUUUCAUGCACCAUAUUUGCCUUGGGUGCUCCUUGGGUUCACUGUACUUCUUGGUAAUGCGUUGUGGGUAGAUCUAGUUGGUAUGGCUGUAGGACAUAUGUAUUAUUUUGCGGAAGAUGUAUUGCCACGUUUAAGGGGAGGUUACCGUGUUCUUAAGACUCCACAAAUACUUAAGACUUUAUUCGACGCACAUCCGGAGGACCCAGACUAUACCCCGCCACCUGGAGACCGUCCUGGUGGAUUCAAUUGGGGGCCAGAAGCGAAUGUGCAAUGAUUCUAAAUUUCAAGUCCUGCUUCCAAACCAUCUCUUACCAAUUGGCAUAUCAAGUAAAUUUUUCUAUUAUUAGAUAUACGACAUUGUUCCUUGAUUUUCCCAGUUACUAACAAAAGUACUAAGUAAUUACAUUGUCUAUGAUACUAUGCAAAGUAUAGAAGACAUCUAUAACGACGAUAAGACUUCCAAUUUUUUACAGGGGUUACAAUUUUUCACACGAGAAACUUUGGUAUUAAGUGGAAUAGCUGUCUGUUUUUCAGAUUAUAUAUUGUGCAAGAGAUGUACACUGAGAAUUAUAAUGAAAACAGUAUUUCCCAGAUAAUCGACUAUUGUGAUACAUUUAUAAUACUGACGAUUUUUAGAGAUGUAUACAUAAAAAAAAAAGAAUCAAAUUUCAUGUUCCGUGUCUUUACAUUUAUUUGUGAUGAUUAUAAUAGGUAUAAUUUACGAAACACCUACAAAGUACAAAAUUUAAAAUAUGCGUGUAAAAAUAAUUUUAACUGUUUUACCGUAUUUUGCUUUGUCAAAUUCAUUUUGAAAAAAUGUGUCUAAUCUCGAUAAAUUUGUUUCAAUGCUGUUUUCGUAGUUGUUAUAAGCACUGUGCACAGUAUAAAUUUUUGCUGCAAUGUUGUGCCUGAAUAAUAUACAAUUUUAACUAAACAUAAAAGGUUGCAACUCUUAUGCUCUUCAUAUAUAAUGCCUUUUGUUAGAAAAAGAAAUACUUUUGUCAUAAAAUGUGAAGUACUAUUUUUUACGUUUUACAGAGUCAUGAAAUUGAAACCCCUGAUCCUAAAGAAGUUCUAGUAUAAAAAUCUUUAAUAAUUGAGUAAUGUAAAUACUUUUAUUUAUUCAGGUGCAUUAGAAAAUUCGUUUAAUUUUACAUUAUUUACAAGGUAAUAUAUUUGAUAACGUGUUUGUCAACAGAAUGCAUAAUACUUGCUAAUAAUAAUACAAUACAUCACAGUCUUUUUCUUUCGUUGUGGGCAUUUGAUACUAAAAGAAACCAAUAGAAAAUACUUGUAAGUUAUAUGGUUAUGCAGAAACCAGUAAAUAUUUAAAACUAUUGGGAAGUAACAUUGCUUUUCUUGUUGUUGUUUCCGUCGUUUCCAUCAUUUCCAUGUAUGUAUGCACGAGUGGAAACAAAGCCUAACAAGUUGCGAUAAAUAUUGUGUAUAUAUUCCAAUUGAAUACACAUGUUUGGGUAUAUUGGGUUACACGGUGGUGUGUUUAGGUGAAUGUAUAGUUAUUAAUUGGGAGAUUUAUUUCUAUUUCUAUUCAAUAGAAAGGGUCGUUUAUAGUGUUUUGUAUCCUAAGGUAUUACUUUACACUGUGAUGUAUUCGUAUUGCCAAACAAACGAAUGCAUC